CAAUGGGGAAGACAGCAGGUCCGAGACAGCAGCUGCUAGUAGACGGAUAACUGCCGGAGUCCCUACGGUCAGCGAGGGAAAAGGAGCCACUUAAAAGCGGCUCAAGCCAGAAAGCAGCUGUCAGAUGCCAUUCUGAGGUGUGCAAGGCUUCUGCAAAGUGAGGUGUGACAGAGAAACCUUCCCUGUCUUCACGGCCGCCCCUGCAGUAGUCAGCAAUGUCUCAGGGGUGCUAUGAAGAACAAAAGGAGCUGUGCGCUGGCGUACCUGAGGACUCUCUUCAGCUGUGUGCAGCUGUGACAGUCAAGGAGGAGGGGAAAAAUGGCGAGCCAGAGGAGGGACAGUUCUGUUUGCCACCACAGCAGAACACAUCAUCCGUGAUGGAGGUGGGAUUCGGGGAAACUGACAUAGAGCCCUCUGACGGAAUGUCAAGUUUCAAGAAGCUCAAAGAGGAAGAUGCUGAAAGCUUUGUUCCAGGGGUUGUGUCAGCUUCCUACCAGCCACACCCAGGGGUUGACCAGGAUCAUUCCCCAGAAGAGGAGCUGCAGGAGUCAGCUUCGUUUUCCUGUGAGCACUGUGAGCGGCGUUUCAGCACCAAGCAGGGCUUAGAGCGGCACACACACAUCCAUGCCACUGCAAACCGCUGCACGUACACAUUCAAAUGUAGGUACUGCAACAAGCCCUUUGGUUCACAGGUUGGCCGUCGACGCCACGAAAGAAGGCAUGAGAAUGCGUCGGUGAAAAAGGCAGGUUUAGUCUCUGUGCCCACAGCCCUGCUUGGUCUGCCGUCUGACAGUUCUGGCCCAGACCCUGCGGCCACUUCGGCAAACCUUGUCAUCAGCGCCUUACCAAAAGGUGUGGAACCUAAAGUAGCCUCUCCAGACCAGAAGCAGGGUGUCACAGCCCUAGAACGACAAGAACCGGCAGUGGCUGAGAACGGCCAGCCAAAAGAACUUCACCCUUGCAAGUACUGCAAGAAAGUGUUUGGCACACAUACCAAUAUGAGGCGGCACCAGCGCAGGAUCCAUGAGCGCCACUUGCUGCCUAAGGGUGUCAGAAGAAACGGCAUUCUCCAAGAAGCGCAACUGCAGAAGCCAUCUCCCCCAGGGCAGUCUCCCAGUGCCAGUCCGCCACCAGUGUAUGUGGUCAGUGGGGAUGCGGAAGAUGAGGUAGCCCAAGAGGAAUACAUGGUUGACAUCUCUAGCAACAUCUCUGAGAAUCUUAGCUUGUACAUUGAUGGGAAAAUCCUGUCCACUAGUGCUGUCAGCAACUGUGAAGUAAUCCAAGUGGACUCUGGCUCUGCCACUUUAUUUGGCCUGGAUGCCUUUAUUAUCAACCCAGAACAAAUCAGUCAGGCUCUCAAAGUAGACACAGCUGCUUGCACAGUGAAAGAGGUUCCCAACCACCCUGUAUCAAAAAGGAGAACAGCAACUCCACCUCUUCUACCCAGCAUCAAAACGGAGCUGGAGUCUGGAUCUUUUUUGUCUUCCCUGUCUUCCACCUCAUCUGCUUCAUCUUCAUCAUCAUCUAUUGUCGGAACUGUCUUAUCUCAACCCAUUGAGACAUUAGCCCUUCAGAAGGAAAAAACAAUUUAUCUCUCUCCUAAACUGAAACAGCUCUUGCAGACACAAGAAAGUCAUAAACCCACUGUGACCAUAAUUACAGAGGGGCACAGACCAGGUCCACCCCCACCCAUCACUGUCUUGUCUUCAGCCUCAGGAAGGUUCAAAAGAAGGACGGCUUCUCCUCCCAGUUCUCCUCAGCACAGCCCUUCUAAUUGCACAAAAUCAGAGGCAGGUGUCUCCCAUGCUGCUAAGGUGCCAAAGCUAGAAAGCCAUUGUACUUCCCCAAGCUGGAGCUUGUCAGGCAAAGAUGACAGGGAUGUUACAAGUCCCUCUGAAACGGACUCCUUUAGAUUGUCAGUUGUGGACUGGCCCUCACUGAGGACUGGGGGAAAUUCCUGCAAUCAGCAGCCUCUGGACCUGUCCAGUGCUGUAAGUAAAAGAGAUGAUGAACUGAACAAGGGUCCUGAAGAAGUUGUGUUGGACUUGAGCAUGAACAGAAAGAGCUCAGCUGACCUUGAAAUGAAGGGAAAUCUGACUACACAGACACUAAUGAAGAAGAAAAAACCAGACACCAGUGUGCUGGAAAAAGUGUUGCUGAAUGAGUAUGACGGUUUAGAGGUGACAGGAGAGAGAAAUUCAGGAGUACUAGGAACCUCAAGUUCUCCAGCAGGGGUGGGUAUUACUACAUCUUCCUUGCCUGAUACCCAGUCUCAUAAUGCUGAGGAACUUCUGCCUGGACAAGUUACUACACCUCUUUCACUUCAUCCACCACCUCCCUCAUUAACGCCUGUUACUAUGCAGCCUCCUUUUUCCAGUGGUCCAGACACUAGGUCUCCAACCCCUCCACCUCCCGUUCUGCCAACCGUUCCUUCUCCACAACUCCUUUCUCAAUUUUCAGAACUUCUGCCACCAUAUUCCCCAACUCAAACAUCUCUCCCAGUUCUUUCCCCCAAAGCUUCCCCCAGACCUCUUGAAAUUACUGAAGGGAAACAUUCACCUUCAUCAGAACAUGACUCCCAUGUUAUGGUGCCAGAUGUAGUAAACUGUGUAAAUUUAUAUCAGUUGUCAGAGCCCUUGAACUCAUCUUCUGAACUUAAGAACAACAUAUUGUUCACAAAUCAGUCUGUUAACCAAACUGGUAACACUUCUUCAGAAUGUGCUUUCAUAGGUGGUUCAUCCUCUGCAGCUUUAAGCAAUUGUAGCAUCACUUCAUUUAACAUUACCCACAGAGCAGUUUUUAUUGAAUGUACACUUUCGAUUGAGUCAUCACCGAAUCUUAUCACUGCUCCAGUGGCCAUUCCUGUAAAUAUUGUGAAAUCACCCAUAAAUAACAUAGCUGUUGAGCAGGAGACAAGGCUUGAAGAGCAGCAGAAGCCUCUUCCUCAGUCUCUUGAACCCCCUGUCCUUUUAGCCUCAUUACCAGAAUCAGUAACUGCUUCGUCCCAGUCUGCUGUCAUAUCUGAAAGGCCAUCCUCUUCAGUGAUGCCCCCACCUUCUGCUCUCUCUCUUACUUCCACUGGAUUUGAAGAUGUACCUGCAUCCAAGGAACCUGAAGAAAAGUCUGCUGAUCCAGCUGGUGUCUCACUUCUAACUACACCUUCUGCCUCUGAUGAUAAAUCUGAAGCAGUGGAGCCCUUACAACAGCAAACAUUCUCCAAGAGCUUUAUGUGCAAUGUAUGCGAGAAACCUUUCUGCUCCAUAAAAGAACUGAGUGGGCAUAUCUUAGAGCAUGCGGAAGGAUGGCCGUUUAAGUGUGAAUUCUGCGUGCUGCUCUUUGAAAAUGCAGAUUCAUUGCUAGAACACCGUUCAUCUCUCCAUGGUGUUGGAAAGAUCUAUAUUUGCUCUACAUGCUCUAAAGAGUUUGCAUUCCUGUGUAAUGUUCAACAGCAUCAGAAGGACCUGCACCCUGGCCAGAACUGUACAUAUACAGAGGUAGAAAAUGGCAAGCUGAGACCUCAGAAUUACAACGGUCCAACCAGACAAAAUACAGACUCCUCUUCUGCCCUUCAGCCUUCUGUUGAAGGUUCAUUGAGUGAAGUUAAAGAAGAAGAAAUUGAUGACUCCACGGAGGAACUCUAUACUAUAAUAAAAAUCAUGGCUUCUGAGGGAGGCAAACCAAAAGGUCCAAAUGUACGCCUCGGAAUCAACCAGCACUACCCCAGCUUUAAACCGCCGCCAUUUCCAUAUCACAAUCGUACACCCGCGGGUUCAGUGGCCUCUGCCACCAACUUCACCACCCAUAACAUUCCACAGACGUUCACCACAGCCAUCCGUUGCACAAAGUGUGGCAAGAGUUUCGAUAACAUGCCUGAGCUGCACAAGCACAUUUUUGUUUGUGCGAAUGCCAGCGACAAGAAGCGGUACACUCCUAAGAAGAACCCGGUCCCUCUGAAACAGUUUGCAAAGACACAGAAUGGAUCCUUCUCACCUGUAGAAGCAGCUGCAGCAUCUAGUACUGGACAAAAUGGAGUCCGACGAAUAGGCCAACCCAAAAAACUCCAUUUUAGCAAGUUUUCUUCAAAGGUGAAAGUGAAUGUGCUUAAGCAAAGGAAAAACCAGCUGGUUCAGAAAGCAAUUUCCCACAAGAAUAAGACUGUUUCCACAAUUAAGAGAAGCUCUGCUCUACCAAAGGAAGAUCAGGAGACUCAUGUGUGCCCACAUUGCAGCAGGGAGUUCACCUACCCGGGAAGUCUCAAAAAGCAUGUGACAGUGAGCUGCCCCAUGAAACCUGUUCCCAAAAAAUCCCGCAAGAGAGGAGGCAUCAGGUUGGCCCUCGCCCACGAUCACAUUGGGAACCUGCGUAGACGAACAGCAGACUCUGAGAUUAAGCAGCAAGGGCGCAACAUCAUGCAGACAACCAUAGGUAAAACCAGGGCUAGAAGCUUUGGCCCAGCAAGCAGCAUUGCGUCUUCCUCGAAGCCUCGAGUGAGUAAAAACAAAAUGGCGACCCGGGCAAACAGACCAGCCUCCUUUCCAGCAGGUUCAGUUCCGUUCAGCAAGAAGAGCAAAACCAUUACAAAGGGAAACGGCUCAGUGCCGCAGCACUCCAGAGCACCUUCUCCAGCACUUCCACCCGUGGCUUCAGCCUCGAAAUUGAAGUCUAUUGCUAAGGAAGUCACAUCUAAGAAUGCGGCCCAUCAGAAUCCUCUCCUUAAGAAGGAGGAACGUGGUCCAGUGUCAAUACGUAUGAGGUCCGGUGGACCAGUCACCCGAAGCCUUCAGCAAGCCAGUGGCAAGAACCCAUCUGAGGUGGCAGGAGAGGCCGAGACCAGUGAAGAUCUGAGAGAAUCUCAGGAUCCUCAGAUAAAAAUGGUGGAAUAGACCUCGCAGGAUGCACAGGGAGAGUAUUUUGAAAGACACUGGAGGAAGCCAGAUGCAGGAGAGUAUCUUCAGGCCAGUGUGAAGUUUCUUUCCUGCCCCUGAGAAACAGUGGGAUCCAGCAAGUUGCUCAACUGUGGCAGCUGGUUAAAUGGAAAGAGAGUGGGGUGAAUUUUGCAUGCUGUGGCAAUAUGUUGGACCUUGAAGGUGAUGCCAUGUUUAAGUUGGGUGGAGCCCUUCCCUGUGCACUUGUUAGAUAACUUUUGAUAUAUUGGAUUUAUACACUAAGGUUAUGCUGAUCUUGAUUUAAUAAUACAUCCCCAGCUUGUUCCUUGACUGAUAUCAAAAAGUCUGAUUUUAAAGAAUACUGAUUUACUGAAAGUUUCCCACAAAUCACACACACCUUGCAUGUUGGUUUGUUUAUUGGUUCAUGUCAUCUGUUCAUGAUCAGUCAUUUGGUUGUUUGCCCAGCUUGUUGGUUAAUGCAUGAGAUGAAUAUGUGGUAUGACUUCAAUGAAUGCUAUUUGUCUAAUCCACAUUUUGUUUUACAUACAAUUUAAUGAGAUAAAUAUUCAUACUUAAGAAAAAGCUCUACAUUAUAUAUAUUUAAUUAAAUGGUCUAGAGAAUGCAUAUAUAUAUACUUACAGAUUCCUGUAUCUGAUAUAAAAGGAGACUGUUUCCUCCUACCCUUUGCAGAGGCUGUGGGAAGUUAAUGAAAUGGGCACCUGACUCGAUUAAUUGUCAUGUCAGUUCUCUGAGUGACAACACUAUUCAUCAAGCUUGAUGCAGUUGCACAUUAUAUGACAUACAUACAUUACAGUAAUUGGUUUCAGGCUGAUUCUUGUAAUUUACCUUAACUCCGUUGUGCAUUAACUUCCCCCAAACCCUUGUUUCUCAGGUUGAAUGGA